UGGACCGACCGAGCGCUUCACAGACUCAUUCAGACACCACCUAAUUGAAUCAAAGGAAUCAAAGAGGGGACGGCUGUAAUUCACAGAUAUGGGGGCCCUGUUGUCCCGGUGGAAGACAAAGCCAACCACAGUUGAGCAGCUGGAGAACAUUGACAAGGAGAUUAAAGAGCUGGAGGAGUUUAGAGCCAAAAACCAACGUCUGCAAAAGCUGUGGGUCGGUCGGUUGCUUCUCUACUCGUCAGUCCUGUACCUGCUGACCUCUCUGAUCGUGUACUGUCUCUACCUACCUGAACAAUGGUUGCAGAGAAUAGCCAUGGCCCUGCCUUUCUUCAUUUACCCUGUGCUGGUGUGGUUCAUCAGGAAGUUGUUGGUCUUCCUUUUUUCCAAACGCACUGAGAGAAACAAUGAUAAACUAGAAGAUUUAAAGGCUUCCAAAAAAAAGAUCCUGGAGGAAGUGAUGGAAACAGAAACAUACAAAAAUGCCAAACUCAUCCUGGAGCGCUUUGAUCCAGAAGCCAAGAAAAAAGCUGAGCUGGAGUCGACUCCGGUGCGCCCACAGAUGACUCCCAGGCCAGGACAAGAGAUUCGACAGAGAGGGGUGGCAAUGAGACCCAUGCCGGGAACCCCAGCUGCAAUGGCAAUGACUCCUGUUGGAGCACGACUCCCAUUGGGACCCGGGGGCACACCUGUGGAACCUGUUCCUCUCUCAGCUCCAGGAGGACCGCCGGAGAGAUCUGCUUUGUCUGCCUCUAUCCUCCAGGGGGCAGUACCCAGGACCCCUUGCUCCCCUAUACCAGGUGUAGGUAUGCAUCCACCAGGUCCGCCAUUAGCAAGACCCAUUCUGCCCAAAGACAGAGGAGCUGUGGACCGAGUCAUUGAGUACCUGGUAGGAGAUGGACCACAGAACAGAUAUGCUCUGAUCUGCCAACAGUGUUUUUCUCAUAACGGGAUGGCUCUGAAAGAAGAGUUUGAAUAUUUAGCGUUCCGUUGUGCAUAUUGCUACUUCCUAAAUCCUGCCAGGAAGACACGCCCUCAGGCUCCCAGGCUUCCAGAGUUCAGCUAUGAGAGGAGGCUGAGAGCAGAAUCGCGUUCCCCUGGACCAACGCCUCGUUCUGGGACGGACACAGAGGAGAGCCCGCCCCCUUCUGGAGCCAAGGCUCCGGCUCCGUGGAAUUUGGUCCACAGUUUCCAGAUGCAGCAGAAUCCAAAGAAUCCUCAGAACCGCCCUCUGCAGAGUCCAGAUGAGAAAGAGGUUGGGGAAGACGAAGGACCCACUACAGAAGUAGAGAGUGAGACCCAAUCACAGGAGCAGCAG